UGCAGAGGGGACAGCAAAGACAGAGCGACAGAGCUCGCGAGAGAGUGGGAGAGAGAGAGCGCGAGAGAGAGAGAGGGAGAGAGAGAGAGAGGCGGAGGAGGCGAGAGAGCCGCGGUCGGGGCGCACAGUGGGCUCGCCAGCUCCAUUCAUUAGUGAGAACAAAACAAGAGGGGGAAAGCCUGAUUUCUGCACUGGAGAAGCACUCCGUGAGCGCACAUGCUUGAAAAGUAAACCCGGUGGCCACAAAGCCUUGACAGUCGGCGGAGGUGGAGAAGAAGGUUGCACGCACGCCUUUCUCGCUACAGUGCCAAUAACUGCUUUUCAGACAGAAAAACGGGAGGAAUUAUUCUGAUCGGACGUCUUUGGACUUGUGUUCCUGCAAGAGUAAACUAAAGAAGAAGUCACGCGUGGAUGAAGGCGCACUCUGCGGAAUCAAGGAUCCGCAUAUUAAUAUUUUUGCAAUUUUUACGUGGGAUUCACCAGGAUUUGAGGGUUUAAGCGUUUGACUUGUUCGUCUGUUACUUGGUUCUUUCUCAAAGUGGACAUGACUAAGACCGCGGAUUUAUAGGGACUGGGCAAGUGAUAUUUCACAUCCUACAAAACCAAAGACUAAUUGUGUUUGAGGCUUGCCUGCUUUUAUUAUUAUUCUUUCUAACCUUUUCCGUUACAAUAAAGAAAUUAAAUACCUCGUAAAUGAUCCAACCCCCCUGAAGCCCAAGAGACAAUUUUGAACGGCCAAAGGAAAGUUGAACAUAUUUUUAUAUAUGUUUCAUGGUGGCUGCUUCUGUCUCCCCUUCCUGUCAGUAUUUCAACAAAAAGGAACAGUGUCCAUUCGAUCCAUAGUAGCUGUAUACUCCCCACCCCCUUCAAAAUAAUGAGGAUUGAGGCGAUAUAAAAUCUAUUCUACAAACUGUGGAUUACCACCUCUUCACGUAUCUCAGUUUGACCUCGACCUUCACUGAGUAGCAGAGUGCAGAAGGUUGGAACAAUGCCAGAUUCACCUGCGGAUGUGAAAAACCAGCCCAGGUCCACCCCACCAACCAUGCCUCCACCACCCCCGGCUGUCAACCAAGCAACCAGUCGUAAUGCUUCUUUCACCCCUGCCACCAGUAAAUCAAUGCUAAACGGGAGCAGCCAUUCUCCCACAUCACUGAACGGCGCGCCGUCCACUCCUAACGGCUUCAGUAACGGGCCGGCCAUGUCAUCAACAUCCUCGCUGUCCAACCAGCAGCUCCCGCCAGCCUGUGGCGCCCGCCAACUCUGCAAGCUGAAGCGCUUCCUUACUACGUUGCAGCAGUUUGGCAACGACAUAUCGCCUGAGAUUGGAGAGCGAGUGCGCAGCCUUGUGCUGGGGCUGGUGAACUCUACGCUUACUAUUGAAGAGUUUCAUUCCAAACUUCAUGAGGCUACCAACUUCCCUCUGAGGCCUUUCGUCAUUCCCUUCCUGAAGGCAAACCUGCCCCUGCUGCAGAGGGAGUUGCUGCACUGUGCCAGGCUGGCCAAGCAGACUCCAGCACAAUACCUGGCCCAACACGAGCAGCUUCUCCUGGACGCAAAUGCCAGCUCGCCCCUCGAUUCUUCUGAGAUCAUGUUGGAGAUGAAUGAGCAUGGCAAGAGAAGGACCCCUGACAGGACCAAAGACUCCUCAGAGAGAGAUGGCUUGCACCCCGAACACCUUGCUAAAAGGCCCUGCACCAUUAGCCCCAGUCAGCGCUUCAGCCCCAGCACAGGCAUACCUGCCCACCCACCUCCCAAUGGCCUUCCCACACACCCUCCUAAUGGCCUGCCCCACCCACAAAACCCUCAAAUGGGCCCACAGCACUACCGCUUGGAGGACAUGGCGCUGGCACACCAAUACAGAGACGCUUACAGACAUAAUGAACACAGAGACAGCCGAGACAGACACCGACAGACAGCAGUCCAUGGAGCCCGCCAAGAGGAGGUGAUUGACCACCGUCUAACAGAUCGAGAGUGGGCAGAAGAAUGGAAGCACCUUGAUAAUCUCCUGAACUGUAUCAUGGACAUGGUGGAGAAAACGCGCCGCUCUCUGACCGUGCUGCGACGCUGCCAGGAGGCGGAUCGGGAGGAGAUGAAUCAUUGGAUACGGCGCUACAGCGACGUGGAGGAGAUGAAAAAAGGUGGGAGCAACGGACAGCACUGCCUUCCUCCUCCUCUUCCUCCUACUCCUCAUCACAACUCCUCCUCCAACACAGCUAGCAGCAGUGAGACACUGCCCAAAGGAGCUUCCUCCGUUGCUGAAAGGCAGACAGGCAGACAGACAGAGAUCCACAGAGACUUUCUACACAGACCUCCAUCGGGAUACUUGCCAGAAGACGUCUGGAGAAAAGCUGGUACUACAAGCAUCCCGCUUUCCCCAGCACUAAAGCACCUCCAAAACAAGCAGGAGGAAGCCGUGAAUGAAGUGAAGCGACAGGCGAUGUCAGAGCUGCAGAAGGCUGUGUCAGAUGCUGAGAGGAAGGCUCAUGAGAUGAUUUCAGCAGAACGCUCAAAAAUGGAGAGGGCCCUGGCUGAGGCCAAGAGGCAAGCCUCUGAGGAUGCACUAACUGUCAUCAACCAGCAGGAGGACUCCAGUGAAAGUUGCUGGAACUGCGGGAGGAAAGCCAGCGAAACGUGCAGCGGCUGCAACACAGCUCGCUACUGCGGCUCAUUUUGCCAACACAAAGACUGGGAGAGGCACCACCAUGUCUGUGGUCAAGGCCUCCAGGGCCUGCCAGGGGGCAGCAGCGUACCCCUUGGCACCCCCUCCUCGUCCUCAGCGUCCAGCGCACCCCCCACCCACUCAGAGAGCACCCCUCCGGGUCCACUGUCGCUUGUGGGCCAGAGCGGUAUUGCAGCUGGGGCGGGCAGUGGCAGCGGGAGCAUGUCGGCCAGCCCCAAGGAGAGCAGUUCGAGUAGUGCCUCUCGCUCCACCACUCCAGCCACACCCGCCCUACUUGAUGCCACCUCUCGCUGACAUCGGAUCCUUGACCUUUACCUGUCCCCUGUUAUGACAGUGGCCACUCUCCACAGAAAACCAAACUGAGGAAUCUUUCUCUCACAUUGACCCCUUCUCCCCUCCCACAAUUUAGCCCUUCUUCGUUUUUUUUAAGUUUCUGGCUUUGGGAUUCAGUGUAGUGUAACUGUUAUAAAGCACAAUGAUAAGUGACAGUAACAUCUCAUAUUGCUUGCUGAGACCUGGUGACUUGACUAACGUGCUCUGAAGGGCUGUGUUAAGACACAGGGGAUUAAAAGACCAAUUAGCACUUCAAUUUCCUAAUAAUUUAGCCCCAAUGAGAGCACCUAGACCUGUUAUGUGCACUAACAGUCCUGUUCUUCUCCAGUGUCCAAACGCUAACAAGCUAAGGAUAAGGAUUUUUUUUUUUUUUUUAAAUAGGAUGAGCAAAGGGGAAAACCUGGGACGCCAAUCCUGAGAAACACAAUUUAGUAUUUAUGAAACAUUUAUUUCUGGCUUUAAUGGAAAACAAAGAAAAGUCCAAAUAUUCUAAAUAAGAGAACAUUGAUAACCAUCAUAAUGACAUUAAACUAAAUGAGUUUUAAACUGCUAACUACCUUGCUAGCGAGCCAAGAAAAAUCUACGCCGGACUCACCUCUCGAAAACAUUGUGAACCCAAAUGAAUUCAAAGAUGAAAAAUAACAUGAUCCAAACCUUUGUAUUACACUGCCAAAGUGAGUAAGCGAUAAGGAGAAGCACUCAUAACCAAACACAAAGCAACAUCACCUCCUCAGCAGAUAAGGCUGCCCAUGAGAGAAAGAGAGUGAGACCCAGGCUGCACAGAAUGAGUCAGGCUCUGCUGUGUAGCUGCCUUCUGCACUGUGGACAAGACUUCAGCAAUCCUUCAGUGAUGGCCAAGACUAGUGAACAUAUGGACAAUGCUGUGAAUGACUUGGUGAAAUGGACCGAGGCCUCACCCCAAUGAGAUUUGUUUGAGAGUGGGAAAAAAAAGGAAUAGAAAAACUACUCAGACUCAACGGAGAUGAAGUUACAUACACGUCAAUGUAGCUACCAAAAACCUCACGCUUGGAGGAGCAAUUGCAUACAGCAGAAACAUGCAGGCUUUGUAUGUGUAUGUUUUUUUACAUCUCCAACACUGAGGUGAUAUUUACCUUUACAUUCACACACCUUUUCCAAAGCACGAUGAACAGAGCCAAGAGAAGGGCAGUGCACUCUCCUCUUUUUCUACCUCCCUUCAUCCCACAUCCCCUACACUGGCGUGACUACUUGACUCGAGUCUGCCACACCCACUCAGCCUGCUUUGGACUUAACAUCAGAGCAGGACACCGCGUGAAAGGGAUCAAACCUGCUUGUAGAUAUUGUUCCUCUUUACAUUUUUCAAUAGUCUGUUGUUGCUCUUGUACACAUGACCUUGUGUAUAUCCAGAAAUUGACCUGUUUUGCUUUGUUUUGUUACCUUUCAUUUUCCUGGUCAUUGGGACUGAGCAGUGGGGUCUGAGCAAGGACGCUUGUCUAUGAUAGGAAGCCCCACAUUGUACUCAUUGUUUGAUUUGUUGUAUCUAUAUUAAUGAGAUGAAACCCCUCUUGUAGAAUAUUUUGUAUUGCUCGCAUUGUAAGACAGUGAGAGGACGGAGGUGCAAUAUGAAGAGAAUUCAGCUACUGAAUGGAACCUCAGCAACUGCCCAUAGGGUGUCAUAUAAUAUAGAUACAUAUAAAUAUAUUUAAAGUAACAUCAGUAACUUAAUGUGAAUGUACAUAGUAUUUAAAGAGGUCCAAAAAUGUGUUUGCCAAAUAACAGAAACCUUUAAAGUUUAAUGUCCAGAAUAUGAUUUUCUCACAGUACAUUUGUUUCAAUGUAUCAAUUGCUUUUCUUUUCUUUCUUUUUUUAAAUGAUAAUUAAAACACUUUUCUUCAGUGGAGUAGACAUAGGGGAAAGAGCAUUCUGACAGAUCAAGUGUGCAUGAACUGCAUGACUUCCAUGACUACACGAAUUAGGCUUUAAUGAACUAACUGAAGUUAUUCUAUUACGUUGUCAAGAGAUGUGAUAGUCGUUCAUUCUCAUGAAUUAUGAAUGAAUAUUUUCCGUGUAACAAACUUCCCUGACACCGGGUCUGGUAAGUCCCGCAGGAGGGAGACUAAAUUCAUAUAGUUCAUACCAAAUUUAGGCUGGUUUUGUUUCAAUUGAGUCCAAUGAAAUAUUAUUUACAAUAGUUCCUCUGUGACCAUUUCUCUUCAUCACUGUUUAGGUAUGAUUGUAACCUCCAUCUGCAGUAAAACCUUUCAAAGUAGGAUUGACAAAUUAGGCAGUAUACAGAUGAAAGCGACCAUCAGGGGUUAAUUUGGCUCUCAUGUUUUAGAUCUCGCUUUUGAUCAUUAUUUGCAAUUGUAACGAAUUGAGGAAAAAACAGUGUCAGAGUUGAGGGUCUUAUUGCCUUUUUCCACACAGCUUUUGAGCAUUUCCUUGGUUGAUUCACAGCCUUGGCGUUUUGCUGAGUGGAAAAGGGACCGUAUGGCCACAUUUAAGCAAAUUUGGUCUGAUAAAGACUUUAAAAUUCCAAACAUAUGGCUAUAGUGAAUGAUUACAUUAUUUAAAGAUGAUCUGGUGCUUAUGGUGCAAAUAAGCUGCAAACUUACCCUGCAUCCAUGUGUAGCAUUUUUGUAUUUAAAACAGAAUGGCCUCCUUGUUGACUUUUAUGGCGCCAUAGCACUCUUCACUUGCUACCUCCUGUGACCAUACAGCUAAUCACCAGGAGAGCUUCACCUGGACUUUGAAAAGAUGGGCUGAGUGCAGACAUGGAAGAAGACAUUCACACCUCUGAAUUGAUUGCCUCUUUGGGUAUUGAAAGGCCUUGCCACUGUAAUUGUGUCCAUCAGACGCUCAUUUGUGACUUGUUAGUGAAACAACAACCAAACAUAUCCAUGAACACAGCAUUAACCAUGACAAGCCAUUUGUCAUCCAAAACCAAUAAAAGCGCAGACCAAAGUACUCUGCAUUGCCAUAAGUGGCUUUGACCUAUUGUUGUGAUGACAAACCAGAUAGGAUAAGGUUAGAGCUUCACUACAGUUAACCAAAGUGUCUGAGAUGCAGACAGUCAGACAACAGGAGCCCACAUUGCGCCAGUUGAGUUUUAAAUGUUCAAUGGACAUUCUAAAUUGUGUUCCUGUGACAACAGUAGAAGCAUCUCCUUUGGAAAGCCGACUGUUUGUAUUUUCUAGCAGUAGCAAAGCCUUGCAGAGAUGAAACUAAAGAAUGGUGAGCAUGUGUUCCAGUAUGAAUAGAGUGGGGUUUUAUACAAUACUUUUUUUCCCACGUCUGUGUACUUGAAACCCUCCGAGCUUUAAUCAAAGAUCCCAGGCAGACGACUGGUGGAGAGAUUCGCAAUAUGUAGCGACAGUUUCUGUGUUAUGUGCUGUGUUAGUAAACAAUAUCAGCAUCAAAGCAGUAUUAUGGUGGCAACUCCUUUCAAACAUUGUUAGCUGGGCACCUUUGUCUGCACGGAAGCCCUCAAAGAAAGAAACCAAACUGAACAGACCACUUAUAAAUGACCAAAAUACAACCAAAAGUUAUUUGCUUCCAUUGUACUUAAGGCAAUGUUUUUUUUUUAACAUUAAUAAAGAGCUUAGGAGGUUGACAUGGUGUGUGAAGAUGGAUUCACAUGAAGCAAGAAGACCUGAAGAGAAAACUACUUUUGUUGUGACGUUCACGAGGGUGUGUCCAACAUGUUGUACCAUCAAACAAUGAGAUUUGUCAUAUUCUUUUCUCUACACUCUGUGAUAAUAAAUGGGCUCUGUUGUUGUUAAUACUUUUCAAGGCUCUCUACAUCAGUUAAGAUUUAACAGUGGACAGCAUAUGGGCAAAAAACAUGGAGAAAAGACACAUUUUAGCAGGUUGCCAUAUCUACUGUAGCAUCCUAUACCUGGAACAGUAAUAGUAACCAAUGACGUUUCAAGGCUCAUCUGAAGUGAUGAAGCAUCCUUCCUGUGACACAGGCACUGCUGAAUAGCUAAAGUUGAAGGCUAAUGUGGUAAAAGUCUGAUACAGCACUUGUACCCCCCAAAAAAGUCAUGGCUCAGGAUGGUCCCAUUUUUACCUUUACAUGAACUGAAAACGAGGGUGUCUGAAAGCGUUCUAUACUGUAUUGUGCAAUACACUAUGACAUUAAAAAUAAUUUUUCUGUAGGAAAGAUUGUCUGAAAAGCAGAAAAUCUUUGUUUUAUUUCUCUCUCCUCAAGUUCCUGUUGCUGUUUUUAGAUGAAGUAAACUGUGCCAGAGGAAUUCAAUUCUGAUUUGUAUUUAUUUCUUGCAUGCUUUCCUCCCUGUUGCUAAUACUGCUCUUUAACUGUUCGCUCUGUUGGAUGUGUGACGCUGUAAAACAUUCUAAUUCAGGUUAUUGUCUGUGUUGAACAAUGUAACUGUGUAAUUAAAAUAUGAAAUGAAAGACA